CUUCACAACGAAGCGAGUCGGUGGCUGCGCGGGAGAGCGACGCGCAUCGAGUCAGUCGCGCUCCGACCUUCGCCGCGGAAAGUCACGCUGGUGUCUCCUCGGUCUAUGUGCGCGUCGUUCUCGAUCGCCGUGCCGCGGAUUAUCGCGCAAGUGUUGUAUACGAAGUGAGACGUACACGCCGAUUGAUAACGCGAGUGUUGUACUCGGUUUAAUCGGUUGGUGCAAAAGUACGCCAUUACGAAAAUUCCAUACCGGUCAUCGUCCAUCACCACGCGCGUCGUCAGAAAGAGAGAGAUCAUCGGUGGAUGCUGUUUACGUCCUCCCAGUUGCCACGAAAUCGUUCCAAGGACUGCUUGAUUGGAUAGCCGAGUGAAGUAAAUAGCUUCGAGGACUCUGAAAUAGACAUGUGUGAGGAUCAACCGAACGUUACUCGCCAAUGACGCAGGCAACGGCGACGAGGUGACAACGAGAACGGUGACACACACAGUCAACAAUUGACCGAAAAUGGCCAAGAGCGCUGAGAGAUUACCCGGUACAUCCACUAGACUUAGGACCAGGGACGAUGGUUGCUGCUCCGUGAAUUUCUUGAAAUACGUUCUUCACAUUUAUAACGUGGUACUGUUUCUGUCCGGCCUGGUGGUGGGCGGCAUCGGUAUCUGGACAGUGGUGGCGAAGCACAGCUACGUGUCCCUUAUGUCCACGUCGACGUAUCCCACGUUGGCCUACGCCUUGAUCGUCGCAGGUGUACUAGCUGUCAUCGGUAGCUGGCUCGGAUGCGGCGGUGUAACUUCUGAAAAUCGAUGUGUCCUGCUGGUGUACGUCUUCGUGGUGAUGGCGGUGCUCGUUCUGGAGGCCGGGGUCGGUGCAUUGGCGCGGCUCUACGAGGAACAAGUCGGCCCUGAAUUGAGGAUGAAUUUGAAUCGCACCUUCCUCGAGAACUAUUCCGUGCGAUCACGGGAAACCGCGGCCAUCGACCAGAUGCAGAAAGAAUUCAAAUGCUGCGGUGCCUUGAGAUUUGAGGACUGGAUCAUGAGCGAGUGGCAUAAGGACGAGGAGGUCCUUAGGAACGGUAGCGUCGUACCUGACAGCUGCUGUAAGACGCCGACGUUACUUUGCGGGAAAAGAGAUCAUCCCUCCAAUAUUCAAUACACAGGCUGCAUUUACAAGUUCCUGGAAACGACGAAGGACCACCUGAUAAUCCUGGGCGCCGUCGGGCUCGGCUUGUCGGUCCUCGAGCUCUUCGGCAUCGUUCUUGGCUCCUGCCUCUACAUAAAGCUCAGGCACGACUUCGAUGACUGAGAAUUGCUUCAUUGCCCCGAGGGCAAUAAUAACGGCCAGUCGUGGUGCAGAUACAUGCAGAACAACUCGGAGACCGUUUGAUCGUCGGAGUAGGGGCGGGAGGAUGCGAUUACAGCCGCGGGAACGUUCGGAUGAAAGGGAACCGUCCUCGACCACGGACCCUCAUUUGCGACUCCCUCCCCCCCUAUACCCUCAGUAAGGUAUCAACAACUGAAACUCGAGGUAGCGAAUAAGAAGAAACGAUGCCGUUUUCGUCGUCUAGCUUCUCGCGAUUUAGCGAAAUGAACAAUUGGAAGAGGAAGUGAAAGUUCAAAGGUAAAAAAAAA